AUGUCCAUCGAAAACCUCAAGACCUUCGACCCCUUCGCCGAAGCUGACGAAGAUACCGGCGAGACCAAGCAGUCUCAAAAUUAUAUCCAUAUACGGAUUCAACAGCGCAAUGGUCGUAAGACCUUGACUACGGUCCAGGGUCUUCCCAAGAAAUUCGAUCAGAAGAAGAUCUUGAAGGUGAUCAAGAAGAAGUUCGCUUGCAAUGGCACCAUCGUCACCGACACUGAGAUGGGUGAUGUGAUUCAAUUGCAGGGAGACCAGCGGAAAGAUGUUCAGGAGUUCUUGACCGACAAGAAGGAAGGUCUUGAGCUUGACGCCAAGACCAUCAAGGUCCAUGGGUUCUAG